AUGGGUCUGGUGCAUGUCCGAGUGGGCCCGUCGUGCGUGGGGUGCUUGCCGCUGUCUCGCUCGUGUGCCCUGGCUUGUGUCCGGUUCCUCGUGUCUCCAGAGGCGGCCUGUGGCCCCGGCGCUGCCCGGGCCGCCCCGUCCUCUUUGGGCUCGUCCCCAGCUUCAUGCUCUCAGUGUCUUCCUCUGCCUGCUCCCGCCUCCUCUUCCCGGGAUGUUCCAGCCUGGUCCCCGUCCAUUCGCUCUCCCUCUCCGCCGAGGGGGGAAGGGGGUCCGGGCUCAGCCACCAGCCGGCCGUUGCCAGCAGGUGGGAAGGCGGUGAACACGGCCCCCGUCCCGGGCCAAACGCCUCACGAUGAGUCCGACCGCCGGACCGAGCCACGCUCUUCGGUCUCAGACCUUGUCAACUCCCUCACCAGCGAGAUGCUCAUGCUGUCCCCAGGCUCGGAGGACGACGAGGCCCACGAGGGCUGCAGCCAGGAGAACCUGGGCCGGAUCCAGUUCAGCGUGGGCUACAACUUCCAAGAGUCCACCCUCACCGUGAAGAUCAUGAAGGCCCAGGAGCUGCCGGCCAAGGACUUCAGCGGCACCAGCGACCCCUUCGUCAAGAUCUACCUGCUCCCCGACAAGAAGCACAAGCUGGAGACCAAGGUCAAGAGGAAGAACCUGAACCCCCACUGGAACGAGACCUUCCUCUUCGAAGGCUUCCCCUAUGAGAAGGUGGUACAGCGAGUGCUGUACCUGCAGGUCCUGGACUAUGACCGCUUCAGUCGUAACGACCCCAUUGGGGAGGUGUCCAUCCCUCUCAACAAAGUGGACCUGACCCAGAUGCAGACUUUCUGGAAGGAGUUGAAGCCAUGUAGCGACGGGAGCGGAAGUCGAGGGGAGCUGCUCCUGUCCCUGUGCUAUAACCCCUCUGCCAACUCCAUCAUCGUGAAUAUCAUCAAAGCCCGGAACCUAAAAGCCAUGGACAUCGGGGGAACAUCUGACCCCUACGUGAAGGUGUGGUUGAUGUACAAGGACAAGCGAGUGGAGAAGAAGAAGACGGUGACCAUGAAGAGGAACCUGAACCCUGUCUUCAAUGAGUCCUUCAUCUUCGACAUCCCCACCGAGAAGCUGCGGGAGACAACGAUCAUUAUCACCGUCAUGGACAAGGAUAAGCUCAGCCGCAAUGACGUCAUUGGCAAGAUCUAUCUGUCCUGGAAGAGUGGCCCCGGGGAGGUGAAGCACUGGAAGGACAUGAUUGCCCGUCCUCGGCAGCCCGUGGCUCAGUGGCACCAACUGAAGGCCUGA